UUAUUUUCUCCGCACGAUAGAGUAGAGAGAGAGAGAAAGGGAGAGAGAGAGAGAAAGAAGGGGAUAUAGGAGUAUAUAUUUAGAGAGAGAAACAAGGCUAAUAUAGUGAGAGAAACGGACCUCGAGCUCGUCGUUUCUCUCUCUCUCUCUCUCUCUACCUCUGUUUUGCGUUCUCCGUUCUCUGCUCAAUCGAUCUCUUCUGUGUUCGUUUCCAAGAAAAUGUUGUUCUCUGUUCUAAAUUGAAGAUCACGUCAAGAUCUAGCUCUGUUUUCAGAUCUGCUCAUUCUAAAGCUGGUUUUUGUUCCUCUGGAUUCAGAGACGGCCUAGUUUACAAUGUCGUCUCUCAGCAGAGAGCUUGUGUUCUUAAUCUUACAGUUCCUAGAUGAGGAAAAGUUCAAAGAGACUGUUCACAAGCUUGAACAAGAAUCUGGGUUUUUCUUCAAUAUGAAGUAUUUUGAGGAUGAGGUGCACAAUGGGAACUGGGAUGAGGUUGAGAAGUACCUAUCUGGUUUCACCAAAGUGGAUGAUAAUCGGUACUCCAUGAAGAUAUUUUUCGAGAUUAGAAAGCAGAAGUACCUUGAGGCAUUGGAUAAGCAUGACCGGUCCAAGGCCGUGGAUAUACUGGUGAACGAUCUUAAGGUUUUCUCAUCAUUUAAUGAAGAGCUCUUUAAAGAAAUAACUCAACUCUUGACGUUAGCGAACUUCAGGGAAAAUGAACAACUCUCUAAGUAUGGGGAUACAAAAUCUGCAAGGGCGAUUAUGUUGGUUGAGCUCAAGAAGCUUAUUGAAGCAAACCCAUUGUUCCGUGAUAAGUUGCAGUUUCCUAAUCUAAAAAAUUCAAGGUUACGGACUCUCAUUAACCAAAGCUUAAAUUGGCAACAUCAACUUUGUAAAAAUCCUAGGCCAAAUCCAGAUAUCAAGACCCUUUUUGUUGAUCAUUCAUGUGGACAACCAAAUGGUGCCCGUGCUCCAUCACCGGCAAACAAUCCACUUCUAGGAUCCCUACCAAAGGCUGGAGGUUUCCCUCCUCUGGGUGCACAUGGGCCCUUCCAACCUACACCAGCACCAGUUCCUGCUCCCCUUGCUGGCUGGAUGUCUAAUCCACCUACAGCAAGUCAUGCAGCAGUUUCCGGUGGAGCUAUUGGUCUGGGCGGACCUUCAAUGCCAGCUGGUUUGAAGCAUCCUAGGACUCCUCCAAGUAAUACUCCUGUAGAUUACCCAUCUGGAGAUUCAGAUCAUGUAUUGAAAAGAAGGGCCAUGGGGAUAUCGGAUGAGGUAAAUCUCCCUGUUAAUGUGAUGCCGGUGUCAUUUCCUGGUCAUGGCCAUAGUCAAGCAUUUAAUGCACCGGAUGACUUGCCCAAGAAUGUUGCAAGGACUUUGAAUCAGGGGUCAUCUCCUAUGAGCAUGGACUUUCAUCCUAACCAACAGAAUAUACUUCUAGUCGGUACAAAUGUUGGGGACAUCGCAUUGUGGGAAGUUGGUUCUAGGGAGAGAUUGGUUUUAAGAACCUUCAAAGUUUGGGAUCUCGGUGCAUGUUCAGUGCCUCUGCAGGCUGCUCUAGUCAAGGAUCCUGGUGUCUCAGUUAACCGCAUUAUUUGGAGUCCUGAUGGUUCUUUAUUUGGAGUUGCAUAUUCCAGGCACAUUGUACAAAUCUAUUCUUAUCCUGGUGGCGAUGACGUGCGGCAACAUUUGGAGAUUGAUGCUCAUUUUGGUGGAGUAAAUGAUCUAGCAUUCUCUCACCCCAAUAAGCAACUUUGUGUGAUAACCUGUGGUGACGAUAAGACCAUCAAGGUUUGGGAUGCCAUAAGUGGUUCAAGACAGUACAUGUUUGAAGGCCAUGAGGCUCCUGUCUAUUCUGUCUGCCCUCACUUCAAGGAAAACAUUCAGUUUAUAUUUUCCACAGCUCUGGAUGGAAAGAUAAAAGCUUGGUUAUAUGACAAUUUAGGAUCUCGAGUUGAUUAUGAUGCUCCUGGUCGCUGGUGUACAACAAUGGCUUAUAGUGCUGAUGGAACAAGGUUGUUCUCAUGUGGGACCAGCAAAGAUGGCGAAUCCCAUAUUGUAGAAUGGAAUGAAAGUGAAGGUGCUGUGAAGAGGACCUAUCAAGGGUUCCGAAAACGAUCUUUGGGUGUUGUACAAUUCGAUACCACCAAAAACCGGUUUUUGGCAGCUGGUGACGACUUCUCCAUUAAAUUUUGGGAUAUGGAUAAUGUCCAACUUCUGACAAGCAUUGACGCUGAUGGAAAUCUUCCCGCAAGCCCGCGUAUCCGCUUUAACAAGGAUGGAACUCUCUUGGCUGUUUCUGCCAAUGAAAAUGGGAUAAAAAUCUUGGCAAAUUCAGAUGGUCUUCGUUUGCUUCGCACAUCUGAGUCUCACGAUGCUUCAAGAGCAUCUGAAAACGUGACAAAGCCUACAGUAAAUGCACUAUCCGCUGCUGCUGCUGCCACUACUAGUGCUGGUCUAGCAGAUAGAGUUGCAUCUGUUGUUGCUUCAUCUGGAAUGAAUGGGGAUGCCAGAAAUUUGGCAGAUGUGAAACCUAGGAUUGCUGAAGAAAUCAAUGACAAAUCGAAGAUUUGGAAGCUCAGUGAAAUUAGCGACCCUUCCCAGUGUCGAUCUUUGAAGCUCCCUGAACACUUGAGAGUAUCAACAAAGAUAUCAAGGUUGAUAUACACCAAUUCAGGCAAUGGUAUUUUGGCAUUAGCAGCUAAUGCCAUUCAUCUACUCUGGAAAUGGCAGCGACUUGACCGCAAUUCAAGUGGCAGGGCAACGGCCAGUGUUGCACCUCAAUUAUGGCAACCAUCAAGUGGCAUUUUGAUGACCAAUGAAUUUGCUGCCACCAAUCCUGAGGAUGCUGUACCCUGUUUCGCUUUGUCCAAAAAUGAUUCUUAUGUGAUGUCUGCAUCAGGAGGAAAGAUUUCUUUAUUCAAUAUGAUGACAUUUAAGACAAUGACAACUUUCAUGCCUCCACCACCGGCAGCAACAUUUCUUGCAUUCCAUCCACAAGAUAAUAACAUCAUUGCCAUUGGCAUGGAUGAUUCAACAAUCCAGAUAUACAAUGUCCGUGUUGACGAGGUCAAAAGCAAGCUUAAAGGUCACUCUAAAAGAAUUACUGGCCUUGCCUUUUCUCAUGCACUUAAUGUGCUAGUUUCAUCGGGAGCAGAUGCUCAGCUUUAUGUGUGGAACUCUGAUACCUGGGAAAAGCAGAAAAGCAGGUUCCUUCAGGUUCCAGGUGGGAGGACGCCAACAACACAGUCAGACACUCGUGUACAGUUUCAUCAGGACCAGACACACUUCCUCGUUGUACACGAGACACAACUUUCAAUCUAUGAAGCAACUAAACUAGAUUGUGUCAAACAGUUUGUCCCACGUGAAUCUGCUGCUCCAAUCUCUCAUGCAAUGUUCUCAUGCGAUAGCCAGCUGGUGUAUGCCAGCUUCUUGGAUGGAAGUGUAUGUGUGUUUACUGCUUCUAAUCUCCAAAUGCGGUGUUGCAUUAGCUCUUCGGCCUAUCUUUCACCGAGUGUCAGCAACUCAAACGUCCAGCCACUAGUUAUUGCAGCGCAUCCACAAGAACCAAAUCAGUUUGCAAUAGGUCUAUCAGACGGCGGGGUUCAUGUCUUUGAGCCUCUAGAAUCUGAAGGCAAAUGGGGAGUUCCUCCACCGAUUGAGAACGGGUCGGCAAGCAGUGUAGCCGCUACACCUUCAGUUGGAACUUUGGGGUCAGAUCAACCUCAAAGGUGAUCAAGUGGCUGCCAAGCAGAAAGUUAUUUUUCAUGCUUUGCUUGCUGGCUCUAUAUCCCCAGAUUAUAGGUAUGUUUCUCAUUAGACUAAACUCCAAUACUUAUGUGACAAAAGGCAAUGUUAAUGGGAAUUGAAGAACUUAGAGACUAAAGGCUGUGUUUGGAUUGUGGUUUCGGGGUGGCAUUUGUGGAAGCAAGGUUUAAGGAGAUGAUAAAAUGGUUUCCCUUCUACUUUCCCUUCUCUUUGGUAUAUCCCUAUAUGACUCCAUGAUACAAACACUGCCUGAGAAAAGACAGAAGGAAUUUGGACAUACCAAACCAACAUGUUAAACCUCUAUUGGAGCCCCCAAACGUAGCCGCCUUGGUGGGGUUAACAAAUUUCCAUAUCCUGAAUAUUUGUUUGACAUCCUACUCCUCUGGCCCAACUUGACAUAUUUUGUUUGUGGUUUUUUUUUUCCACUUUUGUUCUUUUCUGCAGUUUUGAAGAUCAAAAUCUGUGUAAUGUACUUGAUGAUCGGGACGCGGACGUGUAGGUCUAACUUGUUGGUCAGUUAUGUAAGCUUAGUCUUUUAGGAGUAUUGACAGUGAAUAGCCCCAAACCCCCUCCUUUCCAGAAAGGAAUUUCUUCUAAGAAAAAUUGUUCUGUUUUGUACCUUAUUUGUUUAUAUUCUUUUUCCAUUUUUUGUGGAUACAUCUGUUGUUCUAUGUAUGAAAUUGUCUUCUAGGUUGUUUAUGUUAAAUUGUUUUAUUUCA